AUGCAAGUCGAUUCUCCGGUCGAAGAAACAAUCGAUGAGGGCCUUUACUCUCGUCAAUUGUACGUGCUAGGAAAGGAUGCCAUGUUGAAGAUGGCCUCCUCCAAUGUGCUGAUCAUUGGACUGAAAGGUUUGGGAAUUGAGAUCGCAAAGAACGUCGCCUUGGCAGGUGUCAAGUCUUUGUCGAUUUAUGACCCUACUCCUGUCUCGCUGACUGACUUGUCUGCCCAGUUCUUCCUCACAGAGUCGGACAUUGGAAAGUCCAGAGCGGAGGCUUCGUUGGCCAAGCUCUCCGAGCUCAACUCGUACGUUCCUAUCUCUAUUGUCUCAGAAUUGACUCCCGAGUCGGUCUCCUCUUUCCAGGUGGUGGUCACCACAGAGACUCCGCUGGAGAAACAGCUCGAAAUCAAUGAGUUAACCCACUCAAAGGGCAUCAGAUACAUCAACGCAGACAUCAAGGGACUUGUGGGCCAACUGUUCGUUGACUUUGGCGAUCAAUUCACGGUCUACGACCCCAACGGAGAAGAACCACACAUCGGUAUCGUCUCAGACAUCGAGAAAGAUGGUACUGUGACAAUGUUGGACGAUACUAGACACGGUUUGGAAGAUGGCGAUUACGUCAAGUUUUCUGAGAUUCAAGGUAUCAGCAAGCUGAAUGAUGGAACACCUCACAAGAUCAAGGUUCUGGGUCCAUACGCCUACCAAUUGCUGGACUUCGACCCAAGCUGGGGAACUUACGUCAAGGGAGGAAUUUACACCCAGGUCAAGAUGCCAACUCAAGUUUCCUUCCAAGACCUUGCGACUCAACUCAAGGCUCCUGAGUUUGUUUACUCCGAUUUCGCUAAGAUGGAAAGACCUCCUCAAUUCCAUCUUGGAUUCCAGGCUUUACAUGAAUUCGAGAAAUUGCAUGGUGGACUCCCUAAACCUCAUUCGGAAGCAGAUGCUGCUGAAGUUGUCAGUCUGGUCAAACAAUUGAGCUCAAAGUACCCUGAAAUCCUUUCAGAAGGAGAUGUGGAUGAAGCUUUGAUCAAGGAGCUUGCAUAUGGCUCGAGAGGUGAGUUGCCAGCAAUGGUUGCUUUUUACGGUGGUCUGGUUGCCCAAGAAGUCUUGAAGGCUUGCUCGGGUAAGUUUGGUCCUGUUAAGCAAUGGCUUUACUUUGAUUCUUUGGAAUCGCUUCCUGAGGAUGAGAAAUACGCCAGAACUGAAGAGUCCUGCAAGCCUAUCAACUCCAGAUACGACAACCAGAUUGCUGUUUUUGGAUUGGAAUUCCAGAGAAAGAUCGCAAAUCUGAAGGUCUUCUUGGUUGGUUCCGGUGCCAUUGGUUGUGAAAUGCUCAAGAACUGGGCUAUGAUGGGUCUCGGUAGUGGACCAGAAGGAAAGAUCUAUUUGACCGAUAAUGACUCUAUCGAAAAGUCCAAUUUAAACAGACAAUUCUUGUUCAGACCAAAAGAUGUCGGAAAGAACAAGUCUGAGGUCUCUUCUCAAGCUGUCACUGUUAUGAACCCAGACCUGAAGGGCAAAAUCGAGCCUAAAGUUGACAAAGUUGGUCCUGACACGGAGGACAUCUUCGACAACAAAUUCUGGGAAAACCUCGACUUUGUUACCAACGCCUUGGAUAAUGUCGAGGCCAGAAGCUACGUUGACAGAAGAUGUGUGUUCUUCAAGAAGCCUUUGCUUGAAUCGGGUACUUUGGGAACCAAGGGUAACACUCAGGUUGUGAUUCCAAACUUGACCGAGUCUUACUCCUCUUCACAAGAUCCACCAGAAAAAUCCAUCCCACUUUGUACAUUAAGAUCGUUCCCUAACAAGAUCGAUCACACGAUUGCUUGGGCCAAGUCUUUGUUCCAAGGAUACUUUUCAGACGCUCCAGAAAACGUCAACUUAUAUCUUUCGCAACCAAAUUUCGUUGAGAGCACCUUGAAGCAAAGCGGUGACGUGAAGGGAAUUUUGGAAUCCAUCAGUGCUUACUUGACUACAGACAGACCAUACACCUUUGACGACUGUAUCAAAUGGUCCAGAAGAAAGUUUGAAGACACCUUCAAUCACGAUAUUCAGCAGUUGCUUUACAACUUCCCUAAAGACGCUAAGACUUCUUCAGGUGCGCCAUUUUGGUCUGGUCCAAAGAGGGCUCCAGAUCCAUUGGUUUUUGAUAUCAAUAACGAAGAUCAUUUCCAUUACAUUGUUGCAGGUGCCAACCUGCUGGCCUAUGUUUACGGACUCAAGGGCGACCAAGGGGAACCUGACAAGUCUCACUACGAAGCUGUGCUAUCCAGUAUUUCCUUGGAACCAUUCAAGCCACUGUCAGAUGUGAAGAUCCAAGCCAAUGACAGCGAUCCUGAUCCAAACGCAGGUGCUGUUUUGGACCAAGGAGCAAUUGAAAAGCUUGCCGCUUCUUUGCCUACUGCCUCUUCCCUGGCUGGAUACAGACUGAACGCUGUUGAGUUCGAAAAGGAUGAUGACACUAACCACCAUAUUGAGUUUAUCACAGCUGCCUCCAACUGCCGUGCUUUGAACUAUCACAUCGAGACUGCUGACCGGUCAAAGACCAAGUUCAUUGCCGGAAAGAUCAUUCCAGCCAUUGCGACUACCACCGCUUCGGUUACUGGAUUGGUCUGCUUGGAACUAUACAAAGUGGUUGACCACAAGACCGACAUCGAAAAGUACAAGAAUGGUUUCAUCAACCUUGCUCUUCCGUUCUUUGGAUUCUCGGAGCCAAUCCAGUCUCCUACGGACCAGUACAACAACAAAAAGUUUGAUAGAAUUUGGGAUAGAUUUGAUGUCUAUGGAAAUAUCACUUUGGAAGAGCUGCUCAAGCAUUUCAAAGAGAAGGAAGGACUGGAGAUUACAAUGCUGUCUCACGGAGUGUCUCUUUUGUACGGAUCUUUCCAUCCUCCAAGCAAAGUGAAAGCAAGAUUGCCAUUAAAGUUGACUGAUCUCAUUGAGUCUGUGUCCAAGAAGCCUGUUCCGGAACACGAAAAAACGUUGAUUUUCGAGAUUUGUUGCGAUGACGAGCAAGGCGAGGAUGUUGAGGUGCCUUACAUCUGUGUCCAUUUAGUCAAAUGA